ACUAUCCGACAUACACCAACUUAGUGCUAACCAUGGAUUUUAUGAAACCAGAGACUGUGCUUGACUUGGCCAACAUUCGUCAAGCAUUGGUGAGAAUGGAAGACACCAUUGUGUUUGAUCUUAUUGAAAGAUCUCAAUUCUACAGUUCUCCAUCAGUGUACGAAAAGAACAAAUUCAAUAUUCCAAAUUUCGAUGGAACAUUCUUGGACUGGGCUCUUCAACAAAUGGAGAUUGCUCAUUCUCAAAUCAGAAGAUAUGAAGCACCCGAUGAAAUCCCAUUUUUCCCUGACAUUAUUUUACCACCAAUCUUACCCCCAAUCAAUUACCCCAAGAUCUUGGCUAAUUAUUCUGAUGAAAUUAAUGUUAACGCAGAAAUUAUGGAAUUUUAUGUCAAAGAAAUUGUACCUCAAGUGAGUUGUAAAGUCGGAGACCAAACUGAAAAUUUAGGAUCGGUGUCAACUUGUGAUAUCGAAACCUUGCAAGCAAUUUCGCGUAGAAUUCAUUUCGGGAAAUUUGUGGCGGAGGCUAAAUAUCAAAGUGAUAAGCCCGGCUAUAUAAAAUUGAUUUUGAACAAGGAUGUCAAAGGUAUUGAAGAUUCCAUUACCAAUAGUGCCGUGGAACAAAAGAUUUUGGAAAGAUUGGUCACCAAGGGUGAAAGUUAUGGUACUGAUCCUUCAUUAAAGUAUAGUCAGAAACCCCAAAGUAAAGUAGAUCCCAAGGUCAUUGCCAAGAUCUAUAAAGAUUGGAUCAUCCCAUUGACCAAGAAAGUGGAGAUUGAUUAUUUAUUGAGAAGACUAGAGGAUGAAGAACCUGAAUUGGUUGAGAAAUAUAGAGUAUAAUUUUUAGAACAAAUUUUUUUUUUUGCAUUCAAUAAAAUUAUAGAAAUUUUUCCAUAGUAACACGGUUCCAUCAAGAAGUAAAAACGUUGUCAUUUGUUUACAAUGUAGCUAAUACUUAAUUUCAUCAUCGUCAAUUGUUAUACAAAUUGGCUUACUCGACAAUGUAAGUGUUGGUAGUUGCUGCAGGUACAUUUAAAAAUCCAACAGAUUUCUUAACUGCAUAAUUGCAAUUGCAUGUGAUUUUUUAUCCCGGUUAUCAGUUCCAAAACGGUUUAAUUACAAUUGGAAAGAUUAAAAAAUACCAAGCGUUUAUACUCGUGUUUAACCAAACAACGUGUGAUUGUGUGUCAAAUAUGUGCGCCAAUUCCUUUGUUUUGAAAUUUAGACCUGGGGACGACCAUCAGCUUUUUUUAGUCAGAUUCCAACAAUUUUUUUUUUACAGCCAAAAUGCACACUGUGCGUAGUGGCGGGGUGA